AUGUCGAAGCGAGGACGCGGAGGAUCAGCGGGUAACAAGUUCAGGAUGUCUCUGGGUCUUCCAGUGCCUGCGACGGUGAAUUGCGCCGACAACACCGGGGUAAAGAACCUCUACAUCAUUUCAGUGAAGGGAAUGAAGGGUAGGCUCAACCGUCUCCCUUCUGCUUCUGUCGGUGACAUGGUUAUGGCCACCGUCAAGAAGGGUAAGCUCGAUCUCAGGAAGAAAGUCAUGCCCGCAGUCAUUGUCCGCCAGCGCAAGCCAUGGCGCCAAAAGGACGGUGUCUACAUGUACUUUGAAGAUAAUGCUGGAGUGAUUGUUAAUCCCAAGGGAAAAAUGAAAGGUUCUGCAAUCAGUGGUCCCAUUGGAAAGGAGUGUGAUGAUCUUUGGCCUAGGAUUGCGAGUGUUGCCAAUGCGAUUGUUUAA